GCAAUUAUCGCUCUCUCUCUCUCUCUCUCUCUCUCUCUCUCUCUCUCUAAAUCUAUGCUUCCCUGUUAGACCCUUUUCCUUCUUACUUCUGCACUACACAACACUUGUUGUUUCCUUACCUCCACCUCGGGGAUGGCCCUCUUCCGCCACCGCCUCCGCUACCCAUCCACGCUACUCACUGCCUUCACUUUUAUCCUUUUCUUAUCUUCCGCAGUUGCCACUCUGUCCCUACUCGGUAGUGGGUUUCCAGAAAGGGGGUAUAAAAGGGAAAGAGAAAGAGGCUUAAGGGCAUUUGACAGAGUUCUCACUCAGAAACAACUCAGUGGACCAGGUUCUUCGCCGCCUACUUGUAGAUCCAAGUGUGGAAAGUGUUUGCCGUGUCAACCGGUUCAUGUGCCAAUUCAGCCUGGUUUGAGUAUGCCAUUAGAGUAUUACCCAGAGGCUUGGAGAUGCAAGUGUGGAAACAAGCUCUUCAUGCCUUAAUUAAAAAAAAAAAAAAAAAAAAAAAAAAGAAAGACUCGUUCUUUAUUAUGUUACCAUUUGGGUAACUAUUGGUGCUCGAAGGAGGUGGUGGUGCUGCCUUUUCCAUGCUUGCAUUAUGAUGAUUUUGCCACUGGACAAGCUACUUUGGGAAUGUAAGUUGUAGGGGUGAAGUUACCUAGAGAGAUUUCUUCCCCUCUCUCUCUCUCUCUCUCGUUAAUGAUCAUUUUCUCUUCUUCUUAAUAUAUAUAUAUAUAUAGAUAUAUAUUUACUUGCAUUGAUGCAAAGUUUAUUAUGAGACAGAUUGGAAUUAAGUAAAAUCUGUAAUUAAGAUGAGUUUCUUUAUAUAAGAACAGAAGCUGCGAUGCUUUAACCCU